AUGAACGAACCUUGGUGUCAAAAUCAGCCGCCAGACAUUGGAAUCGGUGUCGAAUACGAGAUAUCGUCUUCUAUUAUGGCUCAUCGACGGCGCGAAGUGCUCAUCAAGGUCGAACGAGAUGAACUAAGAGCACUCACGGCCACCCGGAACAUCGUCAUCGUGCCGGCUGACAAGGGGCGUUCCGCUGUCGUCUACCUCUAG